AUGAACUUGCCUGUGAUUACCCUACUCCUCUGCCAGAUCGUGCUCUGUGCCGGGAUGCACCGCGUUCGCCUCAGCAAGCACAGUCGCCGCCACCACAAGUUUCCGCAUAUCUCGGUUUACCUAGCCAAUCGGAAUAGGAUCAGGGGAAAGCACGGCUUGACCCCCAUCCAUGCAAUUAAUGGUGGAAUAGAGCCAACAAGUAAUACAGGAAGUGACUCCAAAGGAGUGGUGGUGGCCCGUCUGGUGAAUUCCUGUGAAACGAAUUUCUUUGGAACUAUAAAAAUGGGUGGGAAUAACCCACAGACAUUUACAGUCCAAUAUGACACUGGUUCCUCGGACCUGUGGCUGCCCAGUUCCAAGUGCGGUUCCUGCAAAAAGUGUGGCAGCAGCUUGUUCAAGGAAUCCAAAUCUGAUACACUGCAUCAAAAUAAAACCGGAUUUAGCAUCACUUAUGGAUCGGGAUCGGUCAAGGGUUUGGUGGCCAACGAUGUGCUCACCAUCGGGGACUUGAGGGUCGAGAAUCAGGGCUUUGGGUUGGUCAAUGACACCACCGAUUGCUCGGUUUUCGAUGGGAUCCUUGGCAUGGCUUUUCCCAGACUCUCCCAGAUCGGUACCCUGCCGCCGUUUCAGAGGAUGUUGGCCCAGGAAUUGCUGGAGAAUCAGAUCUUCUCGUUCUACAUGAAGAGUGGCUCCAGCGACGGUGGGUUACUCAUAAUCGGGGGAUCCAACUCAAGUUUGUACUAUGGCCCGUUGACCUACACGAAAGUGACCGAGGAGAAGUAUUGGUCUUUUCAAAUGGGUUCCAUAGGAUUCCAUGGAACGGAUGUCAGGUCAUGUGAGUCGGGAUGCCCGGCUAUCAUGGACACGGGAACCUCUCUGAUAGUGGGCCCCGUCACGGAGGUGCAUGGCCUGAUGCAGGCCAUUGCAGCCGUGUACGAUGCCACUCUGGAUCUGUGGACCAUUGACUGCAAGUUAAUUGAGACUCUGCCGCACCUGGUAAUCCAGAUCGAGGGCACUAUGUUUUAUGUGCAUCCAGCGACGUAUGUGAUUAGGUAUUCCGAUUUCUGCUUCGUGGGCAUCAUGGAUAUGCGGGGUCUGACCAAGUGGAUAAUCGGUGAUGUUUUCCUGAGGGAGAACUAUGUGGAGUUUGAUUUGAAGAACAAAAGAAUGGGCAUUGCACCAGCUGUUUGAAGGAGUUAAAAAUUAGUG